UCCAUCUACUAUUUAGGCUAUAUGUCUCUGGGGAGAUGUGGAACCAUGAUGUUACUCUGCUGGUUUACUAAUCUUGUAGCCACCUCUUCCUUAUAUUAUAUUUCUUGUGUUGGUACAAUAGACGAUAUGUUGGAUAAAGGAACAGGAAACAACUCUUUCGAAAAUGGGAGCACGAAGACAGCUGCUUCUUGAGAAUCUCUUUUUAAAAAAGAAAAAAGAAAGAAGCACGUUUCCUCUUUCUUCCCUCUCCAAUGUGCAUUCCCAAACAGCGGGAGAGGUCUCAAAGGACUAGGUCGUCCGCCUCUUUCAUCACCUCAGUUCGCCUGUACCCAUAACAUCUGGAAACGGUGCACGCCACUCUGGGACUACGCGCUCUUUCGCUACUUGCUCUCUUGAGACGGUAUCUGCCUCUUGUUCUCGUAGUAAACGACGCGCAAUCUCAACCCAACCGCCCCUUCCCUUGACGCCCGCUGCUGCGAUUGGUCGCCUCAGCCCAGGAAGGCUUUUCCGUCAUUUCCGCGGUGGCAGCCAUCUUGUCGGCGGUUGGCGGAGCUCGGCUGGCUCACCCGGGAGGCUUUAGCCCGCCUUGUUGCCGGGGCCUGCUUGCUGGUUCUUAAGCAAGCCGUUCCUCCCCGGUGCCGCUAUGGCCAACAACUGCCCCGUCGUGGGCUCCGGCAACUGCCAUCAACCACAGCAGCAACAGUGGCCGCAGCAGCACCACGGAAGCCAGCAGCAACAGCAGCUUCCGCAGGCCGGGGCCGUUUUGUCGCAUCCGCUGCCGCUACAGAGCGCGGGCCCCAAGCCGGCGGCCUCGGGCAAGCAAGGCAAUGUCCUCUCUCUGUGGGGGAAUGAAAAGACCAUGAACCUAAACCCCAUGAUCCUCACCAACAUCCUCUCCUCGCCUUACUUCAAGGUGCAGCUAUACGAGCUCAAGACCUACCACGAGGUGGUCGACGAGAUCUUCUUUAAGGUUACGCAUGUUGAGCCCUGGGAGAAAGGAAGCAGAAAAACAGCAGGCCAGACAGGGAUGUGCGGAGGGGUGCGUGGUGUUGGAACUGGAGGUAUAGUGUCUACAGCCUUUUGCCUCCUAUACAAGUUAUUUACCCUGAAGCUUACCCGUAAGCAAGUGAUGGGAUUAAUAACUCAUAUAGACUCACCAUAUAUUAGGGCCCUUGGAUUCAUGUAUAUUAGGUACACACAGCCUCCAAAAGAUUUAUGGGACUGGUUUGAAUCCUUUCUUGAUGAUGAGGAGGACCUUGAUGUGAAAGCAGGUGGUGGCUGUGUCAUGACCAUUGGAGAAAUGCUGCGCUCCUUUCUAACUAAGCUGGAAUGGUUUUCCACGUUAUUUCCAAGAAUUCCUGUACCGGUCCAAAAGAACAUUGAUCAACAAAUUAAAGCUAGACCCAGAAAAAUCAAGAAAGAUGGAAAGGAGGGAGUAGAAGAAGUAGACAGGCAUGCAGAGCGUAGACGUUCAAGGUCUCCAAGGAGAUCCUUGAGUCCCAGGAGGUCACCUAGAAGAUCAAGAAGCAGAAGUCGUCAUCGGGAAGGCCGUGGAUCAUCCAGUUUUGAUAGAGACCUGGAACGGGAGAGGGAGCGACAAAGACUAGAACGAGAAGCUAAAGAGAGGGAGAGAGAGAGACGAAGAUCCCGAAGUUCAGAUCGGGCAUUAGAACGGAGACGAAGUAGAAGCCGAGAGAGACACAGAAGUCGAAGUCAUGAUCGAAAAGGAGACAGAAGGGACAGAGACAGGGAGAGGGAAAAAGAAAAUGAACGUAGUAGAAGGAAGGAGCGUGACUAUGACAAAGAGAGAGGUAUUGAAAGGGAAAGAGAGCGCUCUAGGGAGAGAGAUCGUUCUAGAGAAAAAUCAAAAGACAGAAAAAGUAAGAGUGAAAUUGAUGAGAGGAGGCAUAAAGAUGAAAAAGAUGAAAGGAAACAUAGGGAUGAGAAAAGAGAUUCCAAGAAAGAAAGGAAGCAUAGUAGGAGCCGAAGUAGGGACUGGAAGCAUAGGAGCAGAAGUGUGAGUAGGAACGCUGGCAAGCAUAGUAGAAGCAGGAGUAAAGAGAAGUCAAGUAAACACAAAAGUGAAAUCAAAGAGAAAUCAAAUAAGCGGAGUAGAAGCAGAAGCAGAGGAAGAACUGAUAGUACUGAAAAGUCCCGAAAACGAGACCUUAGUCCCAAUAAAGAGAGAUCACGAAAACGUAGCAAAAGCAAAGAACGUUCCCAUAAACAUGACCACAGUGAAAAGGACCACUCAGACAAACAUGAUCAUCAGAGGAGCCAAAGUACAGAACGAGAGAAUCAAGAAAAACAAUCUAAAAACAAAGAUGAGACUGUAUGAAUGUUCAGAAGUGGAUCACAUUGAAUCCUAUAAAUGUUUUGAAAUCUUGCUUAUUUUUUCUUACAGUUGAGAUUGUGCAGUAGUUGAUAAGCACUCUUCAACCUCCCUCUAGGCUGCAGAUUGUCAUUUCCUAUUUUGAGUAGGAAAGUGCCUUUGUAAUCCUGUUCAAUGCGUUGACUAUUCCAGCCCAUUUGUUUAGUUAAAUUCAUGAUGCAAAUCCGUUUGUGCAUUUUUUUAAUUGUUCAAAUGUUUCCAAAAUGUACGAUCUGUACAUGCGUCCUGAAACUGUUCUCUAAUCCCUUUGGCAUGGUUUGCCAUGCUGGUUAAAUUUGUAUAUGGCAAUAAAACUGCCACCAAUUCUACUUUGUUUUAUAGAUGUGGAAUUAUGGUUUCUAUCUUUGAAUUAGCAUGGCUGUGCUUUGCAUAAUAGUAUGGCAGAAGCUUUUAAGGAUGGGUCUUGAACGUGUAUUAUAUCUAAAAUAUUUAUGUGCAUUGAACAUCCAUGAAGGUUGCCGUUCUAGAGCUUGUAUUCAUUUGUACCUCUUGUCUUGGGAAAGCAUUUAAAAUACUUUUUUUGUGAAACUGAAGAAAGCAUUAUGUUUAGAGUAGGCUUUUCAAGGAGGUAGCAAUUUAAAGCAGGGGUUUAGGUUGUCCUAAGGUUUAUGUAGUAGUCAGUGCUAUCUCAUAGGCACACUGUUAAGAUUGAUAAGCCUAUCUACCAUCUCUACAUAGACUUUCUGGCUAGCUUUUAUUGUUCAUGUAAAAAUUUCUUCCAAUAUCUCUAGGUUUUUCAUUAAAAAUGUUGCACCACUGCCCUGUGUUUUAUGAAGAAACCAUAGGCUAACAAAGGUGAAAGAGAAUGGAUGGGAGGGAGCAAGAAGACGAAAUAAGGUCAAGCAGCAAACUUCCGUUUCAAGCUUCCAAAUAAUUUUUUAUAAAUGAAAGUCACAUUUAAAGUAAAGCAUCUUCAUAGUGUUCUUUUUUAAUUUUUUUUUACAAAGACUAGUGAUCAUUGCUUGAGAUGAAGAAUUUCUCUAGCAACAGGAAAACUAGCUAAAUUUUUAAAACACUGAUUACUUGUGAGAUAAUGUCAAAAUGCAGUAUUGAAAGAGAAAUCAUAUCACAACAGUUCAUUUCUGUUUGGUAGACUUGUUCUAGUGACCUGUAUAAGAAAUAUAAACUCUGGAAUAAAGACUGGAUUAAUUUAUUUGUGGCUAUCCCCAGUUGUUCAUUGCCAGCUGCAAAAAAAUAAUUUUGGGUGUCUUACUCAUAAGCAGGAGAAACAUCAGUUAAAUGUGUAACAAGUAGACUGCCUGGCAUAUGAAUGGAAUAAUAGCAGAACUAUAUGACAUGCCUACUUGCCACAUUUUUUUAAAGUGAGGUUAUAGAUAGAAAAAACUGCAUUUUACCCCUUUGCUUCAUUUACCCUUUCAGUUCACUGAUAAUUAUCAAGCUGUUGAAUAAAACUUAAUGUGGUGAAAAUAAAAGUUGUACUAGAAAAUAA